AUGGUCCUCUUGUUUUCCUCUUUGUUUUCGCCUCUGACAAGUGUCGGCUUGCUAGAGGCACGCCCGCAAAAUAUGGACAAGCCAGGCGCCGACGAGGCGGUGCCAGCCCUUGUACCGCCUGCCCCUGGGCGAUCUCUCCGGACAUCUUCUCCGGAGAUCUCCGACAAGACGGAUCAGAGCUCAUCGGCGUCCAAGUACCCUUAUGACAACUCGGCUCAUAUCCAGCCAACGUACCUGCGCGACGUCUGCGUGGUGCGCGCAGCGAGGGUAGCCGGUACCCAGGACCAGUGCUGUUCCACCCUUGUCGUAAACCUACGUGCCAUCAACAUGACCACGAACGAUUUCUACCGUUCGCAUGCCGCCACCGAUUUGGCGAAUGCCACCAGAGUCUGCGCAGAGGCCGGGUGGAAAGCCUAUCAUCUGGGCGACCCGAAGGAUGACAGAGUCGAGUGGCGGCUCGCAUGUACCGACACGCCGCUCAUGGACGCGCUGUGGGAAAACCUGGUAUGCGCGGAGCGUUGGGAUCUGCUGAACAGCACGGUUGGACCCAACCCGGCCGCGCUCACCACGUUGCCCGAGAAAAUGUGGACGCCUACGGUCCGUGACAUACCGGUCCCUCUAAUCGGAUAG